AGGACCUCUGAACGUCGCUUGGUUUUAGUUACUCUCGCCACGCUUAAGAUGGCUUCCUCGAGUACUCGUACUAUGCCUCCCCUAAGAUGGCUGCCGGCCCCUCCUCUAUUCUCUUCCUCUCCCUUCCCUUGUUUUGAAUAAACUUUAUUGAGAAUCUGGAGUAGAAGCAGGAUCCUGGGCCUGACGUUGAGGCCUAUCUAGUCGCAGAAAAACGUAGUGGAACCGCUUUGCCCUGUGAAGGCCUCGAUCCCCGUCGUGGAGUAAGACGCUUCUGCUGGGAAGGAGGAGUCUGGAUCUGGCGUGUGAAUCAGCAACGUCUCGCCUCCGCUUCGGGCCUGGGACAAGAGGAAAAGGAGGAAAUAUCUGAUCUAGCGGAGGGGAACCCCAAGCCACGACCCCUGGGAGUAAGGGGAAGCCUUGCUGGGAACUGGGAGGUUGGGGUGAGAGAAAAGCAAGAUAUUUUCUUUCUGGAAAAAGCAAAAUCAAAGGUUGUCCUUGCAGAGUGGGAUAGCCCUUUGUCAGCUGAAGAUCUCCUGUGGGGAGAAACUAAGAGUGAAGAUAGAGAAGUUUGAGAGUCUAGCAACUCCCCCAAAUCUUGGGACGCUUAUCCUAGGAAGUUAAGGGGUCAUCCCCGCUUUAAUGGGGGGAAACUUCUGAGCGGUUGGGGAGGGGGGAGUGCAGAGUCUAGAAGGAUGUUUUCGAAGGCUUCAGUUUUCAGAUUCGUAGAAAUAGCCCAUAAAACUUUGGGUUAAAACUGGGGUUAAGAGACUGUCUGUAGGCUACCCCCCAUUGUUUCUGAGAGGAAAGAGGCAACAGGGACUUAACCAGGUUCAAACAACUUCGUUUUGGAAGGAAAGUUGGUGCUUGAGAAGUUGGGGGUGGAUUAAAUAUUUAGCCCCCCUCAGCUGGGGCAAAGCUGAUUUUUUCUUCAGACGUCAGCAUGAUCAGGUCCUUCAACUUGCCAUAGUGGACAGUUUGACGUUGUUUGAAUCCUGAGGGUCUUCCUUUGCUGGAAAUUGGAGUAGCCAUUUCUUCUGCCAUGGCCUCUGUCCCAGUGUACUGCCUCUGUCGCCUGCCCUACGAUGUCACCCGCUUCAUGAUCGAGUGUGACGUUUGCCAGGACUGGUUCCACGGCAGCUGUGUUGGAGUAGAAGAGGAUGCAGCAGCCGACAUUGACUUAUAUCACUGCCCUAACUGCCAACUCCUUCAUGGACCAUCUGUCAUGAAACGGCGCCGGGGGAUCCAAAAACAGCCUGAUGCAUCUGUGAGCAAAGAGGUUGGCAAGACAGUGAAGACUGGUAGUGGCCAAUUCAUCAAGGAACUUCGCAGCAGGACAUUUUCUAAUGCGGAUGAGGUUAUCCUAAAGCCAAGCGGGGCCCAGCUGACAGUGGAGUUCCUGGAGGAGAACAGCUUCAGCGUGCCCAUACUCGUCUUGAAGAAGGAUGGGCUGGGCAUGACCCUUCCUCCACCUUCCUUCACCAUGCGUGACGUGGAACAUUAUGUGGGUGCUGACAAGGAGAUUGAUGUGAUUGAUGUGACGCGCCAGGCUGACCUCAAGAUGCGCCUGGGUGACUUUGUCAGCUAUUACACCAGCAGUCGCCGGGAGAAAGUGCUGAAUGUCAUCAGUCUGGAAUUCUCUGAGACGAGGCUCUCAAACUUGGUGGAGACCCCAAAGAUUGUACGCAAAUUGUCCUGGGUGGAGAACCUGUGGCCAGAGGAGUCUGUGUUUGAGCGUCCCAAUGUGCAAAAGUACUGCUUGAUGGGGGUGCGGGACAGCUACACGGACUUCCACAUUGACUUUGGUGGCACCUCUGUCUGGUACCAUGUGCUGAAGGGAGAAAAAAUCUUCUAUCUGGUGCGCCCUACAGCUGCCAAUUUGACCCUCUUUGAGGCCUGGAGCAGCUCAUCCAAUCAGAAUGAGAUGUUCUUUGGGGACCAGGUGGACCGAUGUUAUCGCUGCCCCGUCCGUCAGGGCCAGACGCUCUUCAUACCCACAGGUUGGAUCCAUGCUGUGCUCACCCCUGUCGAUUGCCUGGCCUUCGGGGGCAACUUUCUACACAGUCUCAACAUUGAGAUGCAGCUCAAGGCCUAUGAGAUUGAAAAGCGCCUCAGCACAGCAGACCUCUUUAAAUUUCCCAACUUUGAAACCAUCUGCUGGUACGUCGGCAAGCACCUCCUGGAUAUCUUUCGAGGUCUUCGAGAGAACCGCAGGCAUCCGGCUGCUUACUUGGUUCAUGGGGCCAAAGCGCUGAACACAGCCUUCCGCUCCUGGACUAAGAAGGAGGCCCUGGCUGAGCAUGAGGAAGAAGUCCCUGGCACAGUGCGCCCAGCACAGCUCAUCAAAGACCUGGCCAAGGAGAUCAGGCUUGUGGAAGAUAUAUUCCAGCAGAACAUCGGAAAGACGGGUAGCCCGUUCGGCCUGCAGAGGGGCAGCAAGCCUGGUGCAGCGGCCAGAAAGGGAGAUCAGAACCCCAAGGAGCCAGGCAGGAAAGGCAGCCGGAAGCACGUUGCCUCGGUCAAAGCCCUGGAGCUGGAGCUGCUGGACAAGUACAAGCGGCAGGCCCUGAAAGGCGUGGAGCAUCCUGGCCAGGAGGAGUUUGAUUUGCCAAGUUCCAGCCUGGAAGAUACAGAUGGGGAAGCUGACCUUACAGAGGAGGAGCUGUCCGUGGUGGCAGCCAACGGCCGGGGCACCAGCAGGAGAGUCAAGGCCUCCGAACGCAGCCGGACCCGUAAAGGAGUACAGGCACAAGCCCCCCCCAGCCCAUCUGAUGCUGAGGCUCUCGAUGUGGACUCUGAGGAAGACCUGCAGAUUGAUGAGACACCACGCAGGGAGAGGAAGAGCCUGGUGUUGCGCAAGAGACUGCCCAAAUUUCCCCGGAAGCUGCCACGAGCCAAACCCUGUACUGACCCAAACCGAGUACGAGAGCCAGGAGAAGUGGAAUUCGACAUCGAGGAGGACUAUACCACAGAUGAGGAGGAAGAUGCCUCUGGUGAUGACCAGUUGGAGGGCGGCAGUAGCGCCGGCGGGAUCCUGGACUUGCUCAAGGCCAGCCGGCAGGUGGGCGGGGCGGACUACGAUGAGCUCAGUGAUGCGCCUGCCUCCCCCAGUACUCAGGAAGCCAUCCAGGGCAUGCUGUGCAUGGCCAACCUUCAGUCCUCCUCACCAGGGGCCUCCAGCUUGCAGGCCUGGUUGGCUGCUGGGCAUGAACGCGGCUCUGCAGGAGCUUCUGGCACUCAGCGCUCAGGGAAGAGGCCCGUCAAGCAUCCGGCCCAUCACAGCACCGACAGCGAGGAAGAGGCCAGCAUGGAUGAGCAGGAGAGUCUGGGAGCUUGCUUCAAGGAUGCCGAGUACAUUUAUCCUUCCUUGGAAUCAGAUGAGGAUGACCCAGCCUUGAAGUCACUACCAAAGAAGAGGAAAUGCACAGAUGAUGCUCCCUGGAGCCCCAAGGCCCGGGUCACCCCAACACUGCCCAAGCAAGACCGUCCUGUGCGUGAGGGGACCCGCGUGGCAUCCGUCGAGACAGGCUUAGCAGCUGCUGCAGCUAAACUGGCACAGCAGGAACACCAGAAGUUGCAGCGACGGAAGCUCGUUGUAAAAAGGAAACUGCCCUCUCCCAAACCGCCCAGCCCAGAGCCAGAGCCAGAGCCUGAACCAUUGGAAGCUGAAGUGGAACCAGACCUGCCACUGCCCCAGCAGGAUCUGGACCCUGGGGUGGUGGCUCCAGUGCCCACCCCUCCCACACCAGAACCCAAACAAGAGCAGUUUGCCGGCAGCCUGGUGGAUCACGAGUACACUGCCCGGCCCAAUGUCUUUGGAAUGGCCCAGGUGAACCGUGGCUCCACGCCCAUGGCACCAGGUGUCUUCUUGUCCCAGCGACGCCCCUCAGCUGGCUCACCGGGUCCGCUGGCAUCGCAGGGGAAACGGCCCAAGAAGGGGUUAGCAACAGCCAAGCAGCGGCUCGGGCGCAUCCUGAAGAUCCAUCGCAAUGGCAAGCUGCUGCUCUGAGUGCCAUCCUUGUGCCUGUUCCUGACCUCAUGCCCCUUGGGCACUAGCAGACGGGUGAGGCACAGAUGAGGCACACAGACACAAUGUUUGGGAGGCACUGCCUUAGGGUCCUCGAGAGCUGCCAGGACAGUGGGUGGUGGACGAGCCCCCCGUGCUACCUCUCCCUCCCUGGGGUGGAUCAGAGCCAAGACUGAGCUGCCCCUGCCACAGGGAGCAUUGGACUAGACUGGCAGCCAUUCUGAGGUGGAGCUGAACCACGCUUCUUUCCCUGGAGAGGCAGACAAUGCCGGAGGCACCGAGGGGCUUCCCCAUGCUCACUGACUCUCCAUCCCUACCUCGACCUGCUGCACUUCCUUUUUUUUGUUUGUUCUGGGGCUGAUACCUCUGUAGAAUUCUCUUGCCUCCGCCAGAUCGCACACACAGACAUUGGUUAGCCUUUUCUUCCCAGCUAUCCUUUGUAAUUUUGCUGCUGCACACGGACUCUGGUGCGACAAGGAGUGUCUUUAUUUUUUUUAACGUUUUUACCCCCAAGCAGGAAGCAGCUACUUAUUGUCUUCACUGAAGCAGAUAGCCAUUCUUCGUUCCCAGUCUUCAAUAGGGAUCCCUUUGAGACUCUGCCUCCUUUCAGACAAACCUUGGGGAAGUGGGUAGGAGGUGCUUUGGCCCUGUGCUCCAUAGAGGGUCACCCACCAGCUUGGCAGACUCCCAAGAAGGCAAGAUGGAGGCAACUCUUUUGGGCAAUGCAAUGGUGUUCUUGCCUGUGCUGUUUCUCAAAACCUGGGUUGGGGUAGAGUGCAGGCUGGAUGUAAUUCCAAGCCAAAAGUGCCCUCUACAUUGAAUUGGGAGAUGCAGGUGGAGAGUUAUGUCUGACCAUAAUGUUUAAGCACAGCAUUGGUAGUCCCCAAUUUAUCUGUGCCACUUCAGAAUGCAAGUGGGUGGGGGAUCAGUUUUUUCAUGACCUAAAUCCUAAACACCCUGCAUGUUCAAAAUGAGCAUUCUCCCUGGAGCAGCCUUUCCCAACCAGUGUGCCUCCAGAUGUUGUUGGACCACAACUCCCAUCAGCCUCAGCCAGCAUUGCCAAUGGUCAGGAAGGAUGGGAGUUGUGGUCCAACAACAUCUGGAGGCCCACUGGUUGGGAAAGGCUGCCCUGGAGGAUAGCCCAUCAGAUGGAUGUACUGCCACCUAUCCUCCACAGGCAGUAAAUGCAGAGUGUUGAGGAAGUACGUAGCCUCAUGAUAGUUCCCAGACCAUUCCCUGCCUCUUCGUCCAGCUUUAUCUGCUAUCUUUCCCUAAGCCUUCCUUUUUCCCCUCUCACUGCUGUUUUUUUCCUGUUCCUUUAACAUUGUUUAGUUUCUAGUCACUCUGGUGAGUCCAACCAUUGGUUUCCCGUGUGUUAUUUGUGGUUUUCCUGUCAGAUCACUUGUUUUCCCUGGUAGGGCGUACUUUGUUUGGAUCCCAGCCCCUUUUGCCUCAUUCCUUAUCAUUUAUCUUCCCUCCCUUCACUCUUGUGGACCCUCCUUUUGUCCCUUGCUGUGCUCUUAUCUUCGCCCUUGCUAGUUGCGCCAUCUCGCUCACCUCAAUCACAUCUGCUCCGCCCUCUAUUUUCCAAGCUGCUUCCUUCCCUAGCUUUCCGUCUGCCAUUUUCCAAACCGCUUUGUUCCCCAGGCCACUAUGGCAGCGGUUUUUUCCAUUCAAGAUUAGCAUUUCGGGGAAAGGCUAGUGCCUCCUUCCUGACUUGCCCAGCUAUGUACAUGAAGGGAAUUCUGUUGUUCUGCUCAGUCUCCCUGCUUGCAGUCAGAAGUGGUACAGGCCAGCACCAGUUACUUCCAAUAGGGCUGUACAGCAUAGGGUUCCUCAGAGAAGGCCAGACUAUGAUGAGGGUCUCCAGUAAGGCUUCACAGUUAUUCCUGUUGCAAAUCUGUUGUUAAUUUCCCCUUUUUUCUCCUACCCCCCCCACACUUUUCUGGGUCUGUUUUUACAUUUUUGGCAUAAAGCAAUCUCCCUUCUGCUCCCCCCCUUUCUUAUCCCUACAGCGGCAGGGAGGGCAUCAUGCCCCCUAAGCAAGGACUUUAAAAGACAUUUCUACCCAACUGCACAGCUCAGUUUAUGUGGCUAUGUAUCAUAUUUUUACGCCAGACUCCAGCAGGCUUUGUGUAAAUGUUUGAAUUCUAUUUUUUAGGUAUCUCUCUAGAAAUGUGUGUUUAAAAAAAAUCAAAUGAGGCUGAAACUUUUUUUAUAUAUAUAUUCAAGGUUAGAAUAAAAACCUUUGUCAGUUUAA